GUCGCACUUUGCGCACUCAACACCAACUGCUCUUUCGGUUCCGACCCUGUUCCGUUAUUACUUCGACAUCCUUGAGCCCCUCCUCUCUUAACUCUGCACUACAAAAUGUCGGCAAACGGCGAGACCGUCCCCAAGGACACAAGCGAAGUCACCGACACCGGUAAAGGCAAGGGCAAGGCGGUUGAGCAACCCGAGAUGAUGGAGGAGGAUGAUGUCGAUGACGAGGAUGAGGAAGAAGAGGAAGAGAUAGAGCAACUGGAAGCCGAAGCUGAAGAAGAAGAUGAUGAGAUGGAAGCAAUUGAGCUGGAAAACAUCGUCGAAACCCGAACCCGCCGCAAGCAGAUCGAUUGGGCCGAAGCCGAGCAGAAGUCCAAGGACGCCGGUGACGACUUGGAUGAUGAUGAUGACGACGACGAUGACGACUUCGAAGAGCCCGAAGACGAUGAUGAGGAGAUGAAAGGUUGAGAUCGCUGCGUUAUGACGCAUCUUUCGAGAAGAGCAUUGGAAUAUGAACUGUUCACGGCUGCGUUGGCGGCCGCUGCGAGGGUCUUACUUCAGCUCUCAGGGAAAGAAUCACCCUAGUAUGUGAUUUGAAUGGCGAUGCUGGGCGGUCGGUUGGGCGCAUGUCCAAAAUUGACCCCGGACCCUCGUCACCAGAUUCAUGUUUACCUCGUUCCAUCCGUCAGUCAAUUUGACACGGCACUGAAGGCAUUUCUUCGGGAGGCAAAAGACAUACAGGCGCCUAGGAGUCAAGAAUAAUCUGCCUCACGGCAGGCAUGGAAAAGCAAUCGGAACGGGUUCUUGCCCCUAUGGCAAGCGAUAGACCGUUGGGUGGGUGACUUGCUACCAGACAGACAGCUCCGCAGGAUCUGCUUUCUCUCUCUACCAGAAAUCCUUGUAGGGAAGAGCCCAAAAAAGAAAAAUUCAAAGCCAGAAAGUUUCCUCCAUUCAGACUGGAAUCGAUCCUUUCC